CUUUUUUCCUACCAAAAGAAAUAAAGAAUUCCCUCUAUAUACACAAACCUAAUUUAUUUACUUGAUAUGGAUCCAAUGUCAGUAUUAGGUAGUUUAUCUUUUGAAGAUAUAUUAGAUGACUUGGCUACUCGAUUUAUUAUCAACGUACCAGAUGUAGAACUCGCCAAGGUAGAACGAAUAUGUUUCCAAGUAGAACAAGCACAUUGGUUUUAUGAAGAUUUCAUUCGAGAACAACGACCUGAUCUACCAUCAUUUCAACUUAAAACCUUUUCAUCAAAAAUAUUCAAGCAAUGUCCUCUAUUAUCUCAAUGGGCUCAUGAACAUGACAAGGCUUAUACUGACUUUAUGACUUAUAGACUCCGUGUACCAGUAUGUGGUGCUAUUAUAUUGAAUGCAAAUAUGGAUAAAUGCUUGUUAGUUAAGGGUUGGAGCUCGAAAGCUGGUUGGGGAUUUCCUAAAGGCAAAAUUAAUCAAAAUGAAGAGAACGAUGACUGUGCUGUUCGAGAGGUAUUGGAAGAAACUGGAUAUGAUAUCUCACCAUUAUUACACAAAAACGAAUAUAUCGAGAUCACUAUGAAAGAACAACGUAUACGACUAUAUAUCAUCAUUGGUGUUCCAGAAAAUACCCAGUUUACUCCUCAAACAAGAAAAGAAAUCAGUCAAAUUGCAUGGAUGGCUUUGGAUGAUUUACCUACUUUUAAAGCAAUGGAUUCUCAACAACAAAAUGGACAUUUGAAUUAUGUGAAACAAGGCUCAAAAAGAUUCUAUAUGGUGGUUCCUUUUAUCAGCAAACUCAAGUCAUUCCUUAAUCAGCGAAGAAAAGGUCAACGAAAAGGAAAUCAUCAAGAUGGUCCAACUAGAAUAGCUAAGAAAGGACAAGAUUUUUUGCAUGAAAGCGCAGUCCAUUGUUGAAAUAAAGGAUUUUUCUUUUUUUA